GUCGUUUCGUUUUUUUGUAAUUAAAAAUCAACAUCUACUUUUUCCUGCCCAGGACGUUCUCUAAAUUCAAAAAUGGCAGUGCGUAUUCGGUUUGCUAGACAUGGUCUGCGGAAUCGGCCAAUGUUCCACAUCGUCGCCAUGAAUGCGCGCAGCAAGCGGGACGGAAAGCCUCUGGAGAAGCUCGGUACAUACAACCCGCACCCCAACAUGGACGAAAAGGCAAAGCACAUCACGCUUGACUUUGCCCGCACAAAGUACUGGCUUGGUGUUGGUGCGCAGCCCACUGAUGGCGUACGCUUUUUGCUAGAGCGCGCUGGCCUCUUGCCGCCCCGCCCACUCUACCCCAAUGUGAAGCGCUCUGCGGACGCUGUUUCUGUUGUUAGCCAGACAAACUAGUAUGUGAAUGUACGCAUCGUAUUGGGAGCCAGGUGAUAGCAUAGUUACUUGAGAGGGUCGAAACACACGUUUUUUCAAUGCGAUUAUUUAAACAUGCAAACGAGCAAAAGAAAGAAAUCGAAACAAAUUAUUGGUAUGUGUGCGCAAACUAAGUUUACAAAGAUGGAGCGCGCGUUAGUAAGAGCCAUACAACACUACUGUGUGAUUUUCCUUUUAUAUGCCCUUUCUUUUUACGUAGCUUUUCUUUAGAUGUAUCGAAAAAUUAUAGCUUCUGCCACCUGGCUACCAGUUUUGAUGUUAUUUACAAUGAAGUCUUGAUAUGUGCAUAACUUGGUUACUGAAAACCAGCUAUCAAAACCAGUUCUGUUACUUGAGCACGCAUAUAAUAUAUACGUCAAUUUUCUGUUUAAGUAGUCAAUCGCA